UAGCGCUGCAUGGGAUAUCCCCGAGUUAUCACGAAAUGCCCUUCUGGGACGUACACAGAAAAAGAUCACUAAAGAUUUAUGUGUCGCGGUGUUUAUCCGAACAGAUCACACUUAUUUCUAUUUAGCUGAGUGUGUGAAGGACUAUUGUUCCUAUUGUUCUCAGACGAUUUGUUCUUAUACCGCAUCCUGAAAGAUACAGGACACGACGGUCAUUACUGAGGGAUGCUGCUACAACGCGUUGUUUCCGGUGUAUCACUCCAGAUACAAAAAACAUUUUUCACUCUAACAAUUGGUCACGUAUAGACCAAAAAUCACAUUCUUGAUACCGGUGGGGUUUUCUCCGUUUUGUCGCGAUCCGUCUCUUCUGAAUGCUGUACUGUUGCGGAGGCAGGGAGAAGGGGGGGAAGGAUCACACGGGCGCGGAGGAGGCGUUGAUGAGCAGCGGGGUAACGGAGACCGACACUCCGGCCGCAGGGAUGUUGGAGAUAGCGGACAUGCCCGAGCUACUGCCUCCUUCCGGACAGCUUGAAGAGAGCCCCCGUGGAUCCGCGUGUAAUGUGGAGGAUUUGCAAGGAGAGUUCAAGGACCGCUUGAGCCACGACUCUCCCCAGAGAAGGUUAGGCCAGAGGGCCCCCAAACUCGGACAGAUCGGACGGUCGAAAAGAGUUGUUAUAGAGGACGAAGAUUUGGACGACGUCCUGAACAACAACAACAACAACAACAACAACAACAACAACAACAACGGAGCGCUAUCUGUGCCUCCCAGCAAUGCGCCAUCCUGAGCCUCCAGUAGUCUUAAAAUGCUGGAGCCAUUCUUGAAAUCUGCCACGGGUCAGUGGGGACACUUUCAAGUAGAAGAAAAGAAAGACACCCAUCAGAUUCACACGAGAUCUGCAUUCGUUUCAGCUGUAGUUUACUAGUCCCUGUGCAUGGCAGCAGCAGUCACAACAGGUCACGCAGGUGAUUUAUUGCGUUGUAGCUUCUUUGGUAGACCAGAGCUGGGUAGGCCUAUUACAUAUGCCUCUCAGAAGGAGAAAAGCUCAUAGUCUAAUUAAUUUCAGACCAAAAGCAAAGACCAGCAAAGUAGACACUGUAAAUACAGGAGAUAUGCUGUUAUGAAUGUGUGUUCUUUCACGUUUGGGAUAUUCGCCUAUAUAAACAACAAGAAAAAUAUAGGCCUACAAUGUUGUACUGUGUGUCUCAAGAUUUGCUACUUCUCUAGAGGCCUUGCAUCUCAAGCUUAUGAUGUUUACACUCUUUUUUGCCUUGUGACAUGUUGCAUGAUGCAUUAUGUUGUUAUCAAUUCAAAUUGCUAUGCACAUGCUUGAUUAUUGCCAUGAUACAAUGUACUCUCAAAUAAAACAUUAUUUUAUCAGACAUGCUACAUUAAAUGUCUGAUAAACAAAAUUAGAGUGCUAAUUUUUGACACAGAUGGACAAUUUAUACUUUUAUGAUUGAUUUACAUUUGCAGUAUAGAACAGGAAAUUAAAUCCACACAUGUCAAUAAAUCACACA